AUGAUCUAGUUGUCUGCGAGAGAUCCAGAAAGAUGCAUCAACAGCGCAUGGAGCGCGUGCAGGUGCAUACUCCGCGCUCACCUGUCGCGGCUGCGAUGCCGCCUCCACGGCGACGGCGGCGACUGCGGGCGCUUCUUCGAAGCAACAACAACAGCAGACCAAGCACGCCAAGCAAAGCAACGGCGAAGCAUCGGCCACGGCCAGCCAGUCUUCGUCGGACUCGCGAUCAGCGAAAUUGGCGGGAGUUCGUCUUGACAGCAGUCAGCAGUCAGGUACAGCGCUAGCCGCCGCAUACUACAGUCGAUUCGACGUUCAUUGCGCUCCGCUCCGAUCAACUCUGCCGUCGCGAUAUACCGUACGAUAUUGUUCUUCGUCUUCUUCCUGUGGUUGUCGUACUCUUUACCAGCAACCCGAUAUACCGGACCAGAAGAUACUUUGGUGCCGGUGAGUCAAAAACAAUCUUUGCUAAUUUCUUGUCAACUGUUCAUAGUAUAUUUCCAUCAUUCUAGCAAACAAAUUCAAAUAACGAUGUUUUGAUGACAAAAUGCCUUAUUGGAUGAUACGAUUUUUCAAAACCUUUUGGCUAAUCGACAGUAUUGAUGAUUCUAGGAUUUUACAAAUAAGAUCAUAUUCAUAAAUUCGUAUAGUAUAUAGUGAGUACAUAGUUUUCUUUUUAAUAAUAUCCUGUACACGUAUAUUACACAUUCAAAUCUUGUUUGUCUGCGUAUA